CACAGAACAGCAGCAUACAUUGCGGUCACACUCAUUCCGUAGCAUCUUGUUUUUGUUUAAAAGAAUUUAGUUUUAGCUUAUUUUUAUGCGCACAAAUAAAAAGCAAUAAAUAAAGAAAAUGUUCACGUUAACACGCUGUGCCUUGCUGCUGCUCUCGCUUACCGUGUGUGGCAGCUGGGCCAUACGCUGUUUCCAGUGCUCAUCGGAUCAGGAUCGCAAGGGCUACGACAGCUGUGGCGCCUACAAGCGCUUCAAUCGCACCGAACACAUUUCCAUUGAGUGCAACAGCGAUGAAUCCCACAUGCCCGGAUCCUUCUGCAUGAAAGUCAUCCAGCAAGGACCACGCGGCUUCAUCUGGGACGGUCGCUGGCGUCAGGUGAUUAGACGUUGUGCGUCCGUUUCGGACACGGGCGUCACUGGCGUCUGCAAUUGGGGCGUCUACGAGAAUGGCGUCUACUGGGAGGAGUGCUAUUGCUCCAGCGAUAGCUGCAAUGCAGCCAGCAGUCUGCAAGCCAUGCACAAAUCACUGCAAAUGCUGCUCGGAUUCGCAUUGAUGGCGGGCACAGCGAAAUUGAUGCGCAGCUAGAAUUCAAAAUAUCCCAU